GUAUCGAAAACUAUAAAAAAUUUAUUUGUGACGACACGAAUUUAUAUUCUCGGAGGCAUUGACGACGAAAUGAGAUGACAUGAGGUGAUAAACAACAGAACAGAGUGUUUAUUCGAUUUAUUCCUCAAACACGAUUGGAAGAAAACCGAUAAACAAACACAUUACACAAGGAACAGUCUGUUAAUGGCAGGUGUCACCAGCUCAUUCCAAAUCCUCCAGUCUAUAAAUCUUAAACCUCCCACUCCAUCAAUCCCCACAAACUCAUAAACCCUCAAUUUUCUACACCUCAACUGUAAAUCAACAAAAUAUGGCUGUUGAAGAAGCAAAGAAGGUAGAGGUCGAACCUGAGUGCCUGGCUGAGCCACCGCCUCCUCCUCCACCCACCGUCGUGGAGAAGACACCUUCCGUUCCUGAGGAAAAACCCACCGAUGAAGCCAAAACCGUUUCCGUUGAAGAAAAGUCAGAGCCUUGCGAGGAGAAACCAACGGAGGGCUCCGUGGACAGAGAUGUUGUCCUCGCUCGAGUCGCAACAGAGAAGAAAGGCGCACUCAUCAAAGCAUGGGAAGAAAGCGAGAGAUCCAAAAUCGAUAACAAAGCCGAGAAGAAGCUAGCUGCCAUUGGAGCAUGGGAGAACAGCAAAAGAGCAGAACUGGAAGCUGAAUUGAAAAAGAUCGAGGAGACUCUAGAGAAGAAGAAGGCUAAAUACAUAGAGAAGAUGAAGAACAAAGUGGCUCUCCUUCACAAAACAGCAGAAGAAAAGAGAGCGAACACAGAAGCCAAACGUGGAGAAGAUGUAUUGAAAGCAGAAGAGCUUGCAGCUAAGUGUCGUGCUACUGGAGCUACCCCUAAGAAACUACUCAGAUGGUUUUCUAAAUAAUAAGCUUCUUUGCAAAUCUUUUAAAUUUUUGUUUAUUUGUGUAUUUGAUUUCAUGAUUUCAUGUUUUGAUUAUUAUUAUUUUUUGUGUGCAUUUUGUACCUAGAACAAAAUAAAAUAUAUACAUAUGUAACAACCAAGUUUCUAAAGUAACAUUUCUAUCAAGAAGUUUCAGAUUC